CGGUGGGGGCGAAGACGUCAGUCAAUAGUAGCCACAAAAAGCGGCGACGGAAGCUGACUUGCAACUAAUGAAUGACGUUCGUGUCAUCUUCCCCGCCAUUCUCUCUCUCUCACUCCAAUUAUGCAUUUACGCCCGUUCUGAUUACGUCAACAUAUUACAUUAAUUAUAAUCGUGAUCUCAUCUUCAAGCCAUGACCGGUAAGGAAGUUUUCCACAAGAUGAAGGAAUCCGUCAUGGAGAAAGUUGGGCUUGGUGGGUCUGCAGAUUCAGGGAAAGGCAAGAGCAAGAUGUCAAAGCAGAUCACACAUGGUUUCCACUUGUUGAAAGGGAAAGCUCUCCACGAGAUGGAGGAUUACGUGGUAGCCAAGUUUAAAGAAGUCGAUGACAAUGAGCUUGGCCUCUUUGCUAUAUUCGAUGGGCAUCUCAGCCACGAGAUUCCUGACUACUUGUGCUCCCAUUUGUUUGACAACAUCUUGAAAGAGCCAAAUUUCUGGCAAGAACCUGAGAAAGCGAUCAAGAAAGCUUACUACAUAACAGACACUAAGAUUCUGGACAAAGCUUCUGACUUGGGGAAGGGUGGUUCCACUGCUGUGACUGCUAUAUUAAUCAACUGUCAGAAGUUAGUUGUUGCUAACGUUGGUGACUCUCGAGCUGUUUUUUGCAAAGGUGGUGUUGCCAAGGCACUCUCUGUUGAUCAUGAGCCAAACAUGGAGAAAGAUGAAGUAGAGAACAGAGGCGGAUUCGUUUCAAACUUUCCUGGGGACGUUCCUAGAGUUGAUGGUCAACUGGCUGUCACAAGAGCCUUUGGUGAUAAGAGUUUGAAGAUGCAUUUGAGUUCAGAACCAUAUGUUACAGUGGAGAUCAUUGGUGAUGAUGCAGAGUUUCUUAUCCUCGCAAGUGAUGGACUUUGGAAGGUCAUGUCUAACCAAGAAGCGGUUGACUCGGUUAAGGGAAUAAAAGAUGCAAAGUCUGCAGCAAAGCACCUUGCAGAAGAGGCUGUUGCAAGAAAAAGUUCAGAUGAUAUCUCAGUGGUGGUCGUGAAGUUUCAGUGAGGUCGCUUCACGGAGGGAAGAAGAGAGACCUCUGCUGAUUCCAUCGUUUCAUGUCUUACUGGCACUGAAACAAGUAAAGAAUCUUUGGGUUUGGACAGGCUAGAGAAUCACAACUUGAAACGCAGCAUUGGCGUUUCCUCCUUAAGAUGAAAUAAUCACCACUUCUUUUUUUUUUGGUAAAAUGUUAAGAUUAAUCACCACUUCUUUUUUACUCUUCUACUCUUUUUUCUAUUCCAACUGUUAACUGUGGGAAUAAAAGUUUACGGUUAAAGCUUUCUUCAUUCUCUUUUUUUUUUGGUUAAACAUUGUAACUUUUUCUUAAGUAUACAUUACAGCAGUGUA